UCGGCCCUUCGUCUCGUCGAUGUUCGCUGUUACUGGGUUUCCUGGGCCUUCCCGGGCCUUCCCGGGCCUUCGCGGGUUUUCCUACACUAGCCAAACCGUAGUUCUCGUUGGUUUAAUUUCCCCUUUUUUUUUCCAGGCACUUCCGGGUCCUGGGACGCCCCGGAAGCCUGCCAGUUCCGGAAGCCUGGGAAGGCUUGGUUCGGCUAGGAUAAGUCAAGCUUCCUAGAGAAUGUUUCAGAGAAAGUUCCGUGGAGCGGGGCAUGUAAGUUCCUGACCAGUAUGAAGCAAGGAUUUCACAAAAGAACUUACAGCCAAAAUCCCCGCUGCUGUAGGCUUAGAAGGCUUGAUAGAACUACAGGAAGGGGGAAAAGAACCCUUUGGAGAAGGCAUGGCUUCCAGAGAAGAGAUUAUGAAGAACACACACAGGGUGCUCAGAAUAAGUCAGUUGGAUGCACUUGAAUUGAACAAGGCCCUGGAGCAGCUGGUGUGGUCCCAGGUUACUCAGUGCUUCCAUGGAUUUCAGCCAGGGCUGUUAGCCCAGUUUGAACCUGAGCUAAAAGCCCUCUUGUGGCUUUUUUUAUGGCGAUUCACCGUUUACUCUAAAAAUGCUACUGUGGGACAGUCAGUUUUAAAUAUUCAGUACAAAAAUGAUUUUUCUCCAACCCUGAGAUACCAGCCACCGAGUAAAAACCAAAAGCUCUGGUAUGCUGUCUGUACAAUUGGUGGGAAGUGGUUAGAAGAACGAUGCUACGAUCUGUUUCGAAACCAUCAUUUAGCAUCAUUCGGGAAAGCCAAACAGUGUGUAAACUUUGUGGUUGGACUUUUGAAAGUGGGGGGGUUGAUUAACUUCUUGAUUUUCCUCCAAAAGGGCAAGUUUGCAACUUUGACGGAACGUCUCCUAGGAAUGCGGUCUGUAUUUUGCAAGCCCCAGAACGUGCGUGAGGUUGGCUUUGAGUAUAUGAACAGGGAGCUUCUCUGGCAUGGUUUUGCAGAGUUUCUUAUUUUUCUCUUACCGCUCAUCAACAUCCAAAAGUUGAAAGCGAAGUUGUCUUUGUGGUGCAUCCCCCUUACUGGUGUUUCUAAUGGUGACAGCUCAUUAGCCAACAGCAGGAAACAAUGUGCUCUGUGUGGAGAGUGGCCCACCAUGCCCCACACCAUAGGCUGUGAGCACAUCUUCUGCUAUUACUGUGUUAAGAGCAGUUUCUUGUUUGACAUGUACUUUACUUGUCCUAAAUGUGGCACUGAAGUACAGAGUGUGCAGCCACUUAAAUCAGGAGUUGAGAUGUCAGAAGUGAAUGCUCUUUAGUAACUAAAAUGGUUUCCUCUGAGGAAAACUGUGUUAUGUUUAAAUCCGCAGUAUUAGUCACCCUGAGUAUACUAGUUAGGUGUCUUAUGAGAACAUGUGCUUCUCAGCCACUCUUUUGUCCUUGGCAGUCAUGACUAAAAUCUAAUCACUGGAAUUCACAGAUCCUAAGUAUAUUGUAUAAAUGGCAAUGUAUUAUUUCUUUAAUGAUUUCAUUCAAUUUUUAAUGUCAAGAAUAAUGGACAGUUUUUGUCAAAUGACUACUAACAAUGCUCCUUCCCUGUGCUACUUCCUAGAAAAAGGUUAGAUUCUAAGAAUAAAAGGUUUUGGAGACUUUGGAAUGAGCAUGCAUUUAUUUUCAGACAGGGUGUUGUAACAUCAUAAUCUGACAGUGGUAAGACCCUGUUCUUUUAAACCUUCUGAUCUGAUGGCCCAGUUGUAAUUUUAAGCUUUUUUCUGAAGCCAGUUUAUAAAGGGUUCAGUUGACUCCUUUCUCAGGCAGAAUGAUGGCCACCAGAAGCUGAAGACUUACAUCUUAUGAGCUUUCUGAUGCCACUGGAAUAAGAGCUGCUUUCUUCAACGCUCAGCAAAAUCCAGAAGUUCGCUGCCAUUGGUCUGCAUGGGAUUGUGUGCACAUUCCUGAACCAGGAAGGAAAAAUUCUGCUCCUGAUGAUUCAAAUGUGGGUGACAUGCCCUCAUAUAAACCACAUGAACUUAAAGUAGGAGAGGAGGCAGAGCACUGAGAACACAGAGUACAGAGGUGCUGAUACAAGGAUGGUGGAUGAUGGGCUGGCAGACACAACAGGUCCCUCCUAGAGUCACUGUUUCCCUUGAUACCCAAAGUCUACAUGCAGCCUUAAUAUGUUAUCAGUUACCUAGCCUGAUAAGGACAUUAAUGAGUAACUGAAUAGCGGUCUUCCAUUGCAGAUUUGAAAGGAUUAAAUAAAAGUCAAUGAGAUUUUGUUACACCAACAA